AGGUCUCUCUCUCUCCCUCUCUACUGGGUAAAGGGGAUCAGAGGCAUUCUCCAUGACAUGUGCCUCUGUCAGUCAGCCCCAGCACACACACACAUACACACACACAUGCUCUCUACCACACACACACAUUAUCUCUUCUCCGCACACACCCCUUUUCCCUGUGUCCUCUGUGCGACCACCACAAGGCUGGUGUACGGUUGUGUUUCUGCAGUCUCUUCCUGCCUCCAGCCUCCACUGCCUGGCAGCACGACUUCACCCAGACCUGAGUUUCCAACCCCACCUGGUCACACACUUCCUCUGGAGUGCUCAGCUUGGAUUUAAAGGUGGUUUUAGAUACAGACAAAGCCAAAGGGCAAGGCUCUCUGUGGAUUUAGGAGUUUUGUUUAGAACUUUCUUCUCUUUCUCUGCUCACUGAGUCUUACAAGAUGGCUGCCUUGAAUGGCUGGUUUUUGGGGCUGCUGCUAGUGCUCCUGUGCCCAUUCCAGAGCCCCCUCUCUGGAGCAGCGGGAGCCCAGGAGCUGGGGGAGGCCGUGGGGGAGGAGGUGAGGAUGGAGGAGGCCCACCUGGAGGAGGCGGUCGCAGACAAAGAUGGAGAAGGUGGAGAGGAGGUGGCAGGCGGAGAAGAUGAUGAUGAUGAUGCUGGUGAGGAGGAGGAGGGUGAGGAGGAAGAGGUGGAGGCCGCAGAGGAGGAGGAAGAGGAAGAGGUGGAGGCCGAAGAGGAGGUGGAGGCCGCAGAGGAGGAGGAAGAGGUGGAGGCCGAAGAAGAGGUGGAGGCCGCAGAGGAGGAGGAAGAGGAAGAGGUGGAGGCCGAAGAGGAGGAAGAGGUGGAGGCCGCAGAGGAGGAGGAAGAGGAAGAGGUGGAGGCCGAAGAGGAGGAAGAGGUGGAGGCCGCAGAGGAGGAGGAAGAGGUGGAGGCCGAAGAGGAGGAAGAGGUGGAGGCCGCAGAGGAGGAAGAGGUGGAGGCCGAAGAGGAGGAGGAGGUGGAGGCCGCAGAGGAGGAGGAAGAGGUGGAGGCCGAAGAGGAGGAGGAGGUGGAGGCUGCAGAGGAGGAGGAAGAGGUGGAGGCCGAAGAAGAGGAAGAGGUGGAGGCCGCAGAGGAGGAGGAAGAGGUGGAGGCCGAAGAGGAGGAGGAAGAGGUGGAGGCCGAAGAGGAGGAGGAAGAGGUGGAGGCCGCAGAGGAGGAGGCAGAGGAGGAAGAAGAGGUGGAGGAGGAAGAGGAGGUUGCAAGCGAAGAGGAAGACGCAGUUGAGGAGGAGGGAGAGGAUGCUGCAGAUGAUGAGGGUGGUGAUGACACGGAGGACGAGCUCCCAGAGCUGAGCGCUGAUGUUGGAGACCUGCCUUUCUUCCAGACAGGCUCUGUGUGCAGCAUCUGCUCCGUGUGCGAGCAUUGCAGCAGCUGUGAUCAGUGCCCAUGUGCAGAAGGAGACGAGGCUGAACCCUGUGGACACUGCCAGGAAUGUUCUUACUGCUACGUUUGCCCUGUACUGUGCGACACCAUCUGCAAACCAGGUGGAUUUGUGGACGCCCUGUCUGGAACCCUCUUUCAGACGAUUUCCUCCUUCCUCUGAGUCUCCUGGGUCAUGUGACCGCGAGGCCGCGUCCAGAACCGGGAAGUGGAGAUGCUCUUAGCAGCCCUGAUGUUUACGAUUUGAAGUCCCCAAUCCCUGAGGCCCUCUGAGUGUCAUGACAUCAUAGCAACGCUCCGUGAUUAACGAUACGGAGCAUUUGGAAAUGAAGUGGUCUUUAUUUAUUGUUUAGGUAACUAGUGCAAAUAGGACUUUACAGUGAGCGCAGAUAUGGAAGGGUAUUGAGGGAAUACAUUUUGUUAAUAGGAUAUACAUUUAUAAUAAUUGAUUUCUGCAUUUCAUCCCAACUUUAAUUUAAAGAAAUAAAAUUGAUAAUAAAUUGUUAUUAAUUUAUAAAAA